AUGUCCAGCAACAUUAUUGCGAGCAUCCAGCCGGCAAAAGAGAGGUUAGUCAAUCUUCUUCUGGAAAUAAAUUCAGUAGAACUUAAGUCUCCGGAACCAGAUGCAACGAUAGAGCAACAGGAAAUCCUCUAUACGAUGAGAAAUAGAACACUCGAAGACAAACUCCGAAGAAUUCAAUUGUGUAUCAAGACGCUCCAGUCCCUAAGCGAUGACUGGCUCAAGUAUACACGAACAAUCACCUCAAUGAAAAAGAAGGAGGAAGAAAAAGCGUUCGAAGUAAUCACAGUAGGUGAAACAGGAAUAUACCAAAUAUUGCAGCAAGGUAAUGAAGCGAUAAUAACACUAAUCAUGGAUAAAGAGGAUGUUGAACAAAA